UGCAUCAGCUGGUCUUUGCGGGCCACGUGGCGCACGCGCAGUUCUCCCGGGGGUACAAGCCCACCUGUGUCCACCUUCCGCGGUGCCUUGAUCUGAUUGUGACUUCGCGGUUGCUUCCUUUCCUCUUCUCGCAGAUGUCCGAAGAGAAGGCGAGCAGCCCUUCGGAGAAGAUGGGAGGCGAGGAGAAGUCGGUUGGUGCUGGUGAGGAGAAAAGAAAAGAAGGAGGCAAGAAGAAGAACAAAGAAGCAUCUGGGGAUGGAGGAAGAGCAGAGUUGAACCCUUGGCCUGAAUAUAUCGACACUCGUCUUGAGAUGUAUAAUAAACUAAAAGCAGAACAUGAUUCCAUUCUGGCAGAAAAGGCAGAAAAAGCUAGCAAGCCAAUUAAAGUCACCUUGCCGGAUGGUAAACAAGUAGAUGCAGAAUCCUGGAAAACUACACCCUAUCACAUAGCUUGUGGAAUUAGUCAAGGCCUCGCUGACAACACUGUUAUUGCUAAAGUGAAUAAAGUUGUGUGGGACCUGGACCGACCUCUGGAGGAAGACUGUACCUUGGAACUUCUCAAGUUUGAGGCUGAAGAGGCUCAAGCUGUCUAUUGGCACUCAAGUGCUCACAUAAUGGGUGAAGCCAUGGAAAGAGUCUAUGGUGGAUGUUUGUGUUAUGGGCCACCAAUAGAAAAUGGAUUUUACUAUGACAUGUACCUCGAAGAAGGGGGUGUGUCCAGCAAUGAUUUCUCUUCUCUGGAGGCCUUAUGUAAGAAAAUCAUUAAAGAAAAGCAAGCGUUUGAAAGACUGGAAGUAAAGAAGGAAACUUUAUUAGAAAUGUUUAAGUACAACAAGUUCAAAUGCCGGAUAUUGAAUGAAAAAGUAAAUACUCCAACCACCACAGUCUAUAGGUGUGGCCCCUUGAUAGAUCUCUGCCGGGGUCCUCAUGUUAGACACACUGGCAAAAUUAAGACUUUAAAAAUACACAAAAAUUCCUCCACAUACUGGGAAGGCAAAGCAGAUAUGGAGACGCUCCAGAGAAUUUAUGGCAUUUCAUUUCCAGAUCCUAAAAUGUUGAAAGAGUGGGAGAAGUUUCAAGAGGAAGCUAAAAAUCGAGAUCAUAGGAAAAUUGGGAGGGACCAAGAACUAUACUUCUUCCAUGAACUCAGCCCUGGAAGUUGCUUUUUCCUGCCAAAGGGAGCUUAUAUUUAUAAUACACUUAUUAAUUUCAUUAGGAGUGAAUAUAGGAAGCGAGGAUUCCAGGAGGUGGUCACCCCAAAUAUCUAUAAUAGCCGCCUCUGGAUGACGUCGGGCCACUGGCAGCAUUAUAGUGAAAACAUGUUCUCUUUUGAGGUGGAGAAGGAGCUGUUUGCCCUGAAACCCAUGAACUGCCCAGGACACUGCCUUAUGUUUGAUCAUCGGCCAAGAUCCUGGCGAGAGCUACCUCUGCGUGUAGCCGACUUUGGGGUACUUCACAGGAACGAGCUGUCAGGAGCUCUCACAGGACUCACCCGGGUGCGAAGAUUCCAACAGGAUGACGCUCACAUAUUCUGUGCCAUUGAGCAGAUCGAAGAUGAAAUCAAGGGUUGUUUGGAUUUUCUCAGGACAGUAUAUAGCAUAUUUGGAUUUUCCUUUAAAUUGAACCUAUCUACUCGCCCAGAAAAAUUUCUUGGAGAUAUUGAAGUAUGGAAUCAAGCUGAGAAACAACUUGAGAACAGUCUGAAUGAAUUUGGUGAAAAAUGGGAGCUAAACCCUGGAGAUGGUGCUUUUUAUGGCCCAAAGAUUGACAUUCAAAUUAAGGAUGCCAUUGGUCGGUACCACCAGUGUGCCACAAUCCAGUUGGAUUUUCAGUUGCCCAUCAGAUUUAAUCUUACCUUUGUAAGUCAUGAUGGUGAUGAUAAGAAAAGGCCAGUGAUUGUCCACAGAGCCAUCUUGGGGUCAGUGGAAAGAAUGAUUGCUAUCCUCACUGAAAACUAUGGUGGCAAAUGGCCCUUUUGGCUGUCUCCUCGCCAGGUGAUGGUUGUUCCAGUGGGACCAACAUGUGAUGAAUAUGCCCAAAAGGUCCAGCAACAAUUCCAUGAUGCAAAAUUCAUGACGGACAUUGAUCUGGAUCCAGGCUGCACUUUAAAUAAGAAGAUCAGAAAUGCACAGUUAGCACAGUAUAACUUCAUUCUAGUUGUUGGUGAAAAAGAGAAAAGCAGUGGCACUGUUAACAUUCGCACGAGAGAUAACAAGGUACAUGGAGAACGCACCAUUUCUGAAACCAUUGAGCGACUACAGCAUCUCAAGCAGUCCCACAACAAACAGGCCGAAGAAGAAUUUUAAAAAAGAUAUUUGUCCAGGUUGGCUCAGUUGAGAGGGUCAAGCUCUGUUUUAAAAAAAAAUAUUUGUAAAAUAUUAAAAAAGAUAUUUGUCCAGGUUGGCUCAGUUGAGAGGGUCAAGUUCUGUAAUAUAUACUCUGGAAAACAUC